UUCGUCUUUGGCAUAGUUCUGUCGCCACACUUACAGCAAAAUUAGCGGCCGAGUCUUCAGAAAGUAAAUGUCCAUUUGUGCUUGUUCAUGGAUUUGCCGCUGGUAUUGGUAUUUGGGCUGCCUGUUUGGAUGAAUUAUGUAAGAAAAGAACCGUUCAUGCUUUUGAUAUUUUGGGCUUUGCACGCUCUAGCCGUCCUAUGUUUAGUGAGGACCCAACUCUGGCUGAAUUAGAAUUUGUCCAAUCAAUAGAGGAUUGGCGUAGAGCAAUGGGAAUUGAAAAGAUGAUACUUGUUGGGCAUUCUUUUGGUGGAUAUUUAGCUUCAUCCUAUGCAUUGGAGCAUCCUUCGAGAAUUCGUCAUUUGGUAUUGGUUGAUCCGUGGGGAUUUCCUGAACGCCCUCAUGUUGAACAGCGUCAUAUUCCUGUUUGGAUGCGUGCGUUUGGCAAAGUUCUCUCCACAUUUAAUCCUUUGGCUACACUGAGGGCGGCAGGACCAUUUGAUUUGGGUAUUCGAUAUUCUAAUCAGGAUCCGGAUGCUAUUUUUGAAUAUAUUUAUCAAUGUAAUGCUUUGAAUCCAACAGGGGAGAUUGCUUUCUCUUCAAUGACUAAACACUAUGGCUGGGCUCGUCGGCCAAUGAUUAAUAGAUUUAAUGGUAUCGAUCCGUCAGUUCCCGUCACAUUUAUUUGGGGAGGAAAGUCUUGGAUGGAUCCAGAUCCGUCAUUUGAAAUACAAGCACGCCGACAGGACACUUCUUAUGUGGAUGUUCAGAUUGUUUCCUGUGCCGGUCACCAUGUUUAUGCAGAUGCUCCAGUUGAAUUCUGUCGUUUAUUGUCACAAAUUUCAGAUACAGUUGAUGCAGAUGCUGAUUUACCUGAUUCGCCAGAAAGCUCCAGUAAUGAAUAA